CUCUCAUUUCAUUUUUUCAUGUCCAACAAAUUCCAAGUUAUUGAGAAUUGAAAAAGCUUUACGCGCAUGUGUUGUUCGUGUGCGGCACAUGCUAGUGAUCAAGCGGUGAGAAAGACGAUCAACCUGUCACAUGUCCGUUAUCCUAGAUGAUUUUUACACACGAGGUAGCUGUGACUCUAAUUUUAUCAAAGAUAUCAAUUCAAAAAUGAGAGUUCCUGAUAGAAUAUCAUUAGAUCCAAGUAGUUUACCGCAGGUGAAUUUAUCGCUCGAUUCUUCUGAGAAUGACAAUAUGAAAGUGCCAGAAAGGAUAGUCAUGUCUGGUGCACAGAAUCAAUCAUCUCCACUUAUGGCAUUCAACCGACGUGGAGAUGAUCUUAUCGAUAAUUUAGAUCCUGUUCCACUUCAACAUGCUUUAGAUCCAUUGCCUACUUCUUUAGUGUUAAAUGAAGUUCAUUAUCCAGAUCUAGAACGAUUAACUAUUGAGAAGAGGGAAAUAGAAACAGCCAUCUCAACUCCACUAUUAUUAACAAACGAAUCUCAGAAUCAUAUCUCAACAGAACAACAGCCUUCUCCACUUCCUUUAUCGAAUAUCUCUAAUGUUAUAAAUCAUUCAUCUACAACGAUAUCAUCAUCACCAUCAUUAUCAUCACCAAUGAAUCAAACAAAUAAUACUCAAUCUAUUCUUGUAGAUACACGACGUCUUAGAUUAUUAGAGAUUCGUAUGAAUGAAAUAGAACUUGAAUUAUCUAGACGUCAAUUUAUGGAUAAAUUACUUUAUAUCACAUUUGGAGGUUAUUUUGUUUUAAAAUGUUUACGUUUAUUAUUCUCUUAGACUGUUCUUCUUCUUCUUCUUCUUCUUCUUCUUCUUCUUCUUGUUUGUCAUUAGAUGUAGUCAAGGCCUAUUCUGUUGUGGGUUUUGUUUUUUCUCUCUUUGUUUUUCUUCUACUGUUAUUACUACUUUCAUCAAUGACUCAAUUCAGUAGUAUUAGUAGGUUUUGAUAAAUAAUGAAUG